AUGUGGCACAUCCCACGCAACCAUUAUCUCGUCGUCCACGACGCCGUUCGUAAGCUUCUCGGCCCCGAUGCGCAGCUGGCGGCGUUCGUGAAGGCGCGGCACGCUUUCCAGUGCGACAUGCUCGUGAACGACGCUCGCACGGAUCCAGAGGAGCUCGUGCGCGCAGGGGUGCGAAAUAGUGGCGGAGACAUCAGUGACGAUGCAGCCGCCAAGGCUGGCGUUGGCGAGUUCGCGCGCAGACUGCAGGGGCUGCUAGGGAUUUGCGACGUAGUGCCCCACACCCGCCGUGUCGACGUCAUCUUCCGUGAUCGCAGCGUGAUCCAGCUCGCCCUCGGCGCCGCGAAGAGGGACCUUCCCUAUGCACUGGAGACCGGCGCGGACGUCAACCAAGAGCCGGACUGGCGCCUGCGCAACCGAUUUCGUAUCUCCCUCGGGUACGACGAGGAGCUCUUCCUUGCGCAAUGCACCCGCAGCAUGAACGUGGCGGCGCGCGUCUUGGAGAAGUGCGCCUUCGACUCUGUUCGGUACUCUACCUUGAUGAGUACGAACGCCGAGAUGGCGGCGAUGUACGAGGCGAGCGGCCAGCGGUGGCAGGCGGUGCUGCCUCCGGUGACCUACUGGGAGGCGCACUGCUACUCGCUGAUGAAGGCGUACCCGUGUCGCCACUAUCAGCAGAUCGUUGCAACGGUUCAGCACAACUUCGCUGCGUACUAUGGCGAGUUCCCAAUGACGAACCCGUACUGCGACGGCGAGGACCUCAACACGAUUCAAGUGGUGAGGUGGUUGUGCGAGGCAUUCAACGCGGGAGCAGCGAUGUCGCAGGUAACGUCGGCUGCAUCAUCACCGGUUACCUUCAACGAGUGGGAGGUCGUGCACUGUGCCAUGCCUGCAGCGAUGGAGGACGGUGAUGGAGAAGGGUGCUGCGGCCAUGGGCAACAUGGCUGA